AUGCGUGCCAUUGGUUUAAGUGAAGAACGAUUACGGGAGCAGCUUGGACAAUGGCUGGAGCUUUCGCUUAAUGAUAAGAUACCUCCUUCCCUGCUACUGUUGUCAAGAGCAUUAUACUUACCAGAGGAUAUCUCAUUUACUGACAGACUGAAGGCACUUGUUCAAAGUUUGCCGGAGGGCAUUGCUGAAAGUACUCGGCAGAAAUUGACUGAACUAGAAGGUGGAAAAGUGGAUCACAAAGCCAGAUUGGAUUUGAUCAGACAGAUUGAAGAGGCGAUUGCAAAGGAGAAGGCCAUGGAAGAGGAAAAGAAGAAAAAAGAGGAGAAGGUUGAAACGAUCAAAGCGGAAGGUGAGAAAGCUCGUGUUAUUGCUGAAGGAGCAGCCGCAAUAGCGGAAGCUGCCGCCGGAACAUCAGCGAAGAUCGCUGAAGCAGCCGCUGCAGCAUCUCAGGCCAUUCAUGCAGUAAAGAAAGACUUGGUAGAUGUUGUGCAAGAAGCUGUUGAUCAUGCGAAAGUUUUGGAAAAAGAGAAAGCUGAAGCUGCCGAGGCAACUGUUAGUUUGCGUUUUAUAGGUCAUGCGUUUCUUUUCUCUUAUUAAAG